UCUUUUCUCUCUUAGAUUAAGGGGCGUGGCUGAAAUAAACCGUUGCAGCGCCAUCGCUCGAUGGGUUCACAGAAACUUUCAUGUUCUGACAUAACCUGAGAUUACCGACAUAUUGACCCCAAUACCGAUAUGUUGGCCGAAACUUCGUCCGGAUUUUUAACACAGCAUUGGACUUCUAUACUGGUCUCUCUUCUCUGGUCGUAAUUCAACUCUAUGAUACAAUUACAACUUUUAUUGGUGUAAUUUUUCAAUUCACAAUAAUUUUGUGCAUAUAAAAAAAAUCAUUAUUUAGACAUGGAUAUUUUAAAAGCAGAAAUAGCUAAAAAACGAAAGCAACUCGAAGAAAGCAAUGUUUUGAAAAAUAAAAAAUAUUUUAAACGUGGUGAAUUAGUAUCUAAAGAUACAAAGCUAUUAAAUUCAACAGAUAGUGAAAGCGUUUCAAUCAACACAGUAGUUGAAAACCAAGUAGAAGAGUCUGUUGAAAAUUCAGUAGAACAUCAAAAAUUAUCACGACCUGAGGUUAUAAGAAGAUUACGUGAGCGAGGAGAACCUAUCAUAUUAUUUGGUGAAUCUGAAUUAGAAUCAUUUCAAAGACUUAGAAAGCACGAAAUUCUAGAACCAGAAGUAAAUAAAGGAUUUAGAAAUGAUUUUCAGGAAGCAAUGGAACAAGUUGAUCAAGCCUAUCUUAAUGAAUUGUUAACAUCAUCGAAAGUUAAUGAUUAUGAUAGAAAAGGGGAUGUUAAUAUUCCCAAUGAAGAAAUUACGUAUGAAGAUAUAGAAAAAAUGUCUGUCAAACUAAAUCGGGGAGACAAGGACUUUGACAUGAAUUUACUUACUCAGUUUCUUCAAUUCUUAGUUCAAAUGUGGGGUAGGCAAUUAAAUAGUCGUAGUAGUAGUGAAAAAAUGAGUACAAAAGGAAAAAUGGCAAGUGCAACUUAUGCACAAACAAGAGAAUAUUUAAAGCCUUUAUUAAGAAAAUUAAAGAAUAAAUCUCUGCCAGAAGAUAUUACUGAUAGUUUAACAGAAAUUGUAAAACAUUUGUUGGAACGAAAUUAUAUUCUAGCAAGUGAUGCUUACCUUCAAAUGGCAAUCGGCAAUUCACCCUGGCCUAUUGGAGUAACUAUGGUUGGUAUUCACGCACGUACGGGCAGAGAAAAAAUUUUUUCGAAAAAUGUGGCACAUGUAAUGAAUGAUGAAACCCAACGAAAAUAUAUUCAAGCUUUAAAAAGAUUAAUGACUAAAUGUCAAGAAUAUUAUCCAACUGAUCCAUCACGAUGUGUAGAAUAUUCGCAAUUCCACCAGGAGAACAAACCUCAUCUUUAAGUUGUCCUGGAUUUUUUCUGGUUUGUAAUACUGUUUUUCCAGCACCAAUUAAUACCUGAGCUGCAAAUUUCGUUGCCAUAUCUCGAGGUAAUCCAUUUUUCACCGCACCAUCU